CACCGCUGGAGAUAAAAGAGCAGUUAGCUGCCACAAGGACGACCAGCAAGGUCAGAAUAAUUUUGACCAUAAUUGACCUUAGCCACAAGGAGUACCAAGGUUCGACCAGUUUUGAUCAGUGGACUUCCCUAAUAUGUGCUCUCUUUUGCGCUUUUUUCUUAUCAAUAAAUUACGGGUAGUGUUUCUGAUUAUGAUUUCGACACACCUUUAUUUUCUUUUCGUAAAACUUUCGAUCUGUAGUGUUGGCAGUGCAAACAUGGCAGAACAAUAGCUAUAACAUCUUUAUUUUAGGAAUUAGGCCCUUCGGAAGUUACGCGAGAAGCAACGACUGCCACCUUUACCUUUAGAGCAAGUCACAAAAUCGAGCGCUCCGCAUCUACCGCACGCUUAUCGCACUCACUGGCGAGAGGUCAGUCGAAGCAUGCAGGUGAUGAUGCCGGGGCGUUGUCUUCUGAUUUUGUGACUUUAUUUUGCAAGAAAAAACAACACGAAAACAUCUAGAGAUAACCAAACUUCUUCGACAUUAUACAUAAGAAACUUUUAAUUAAAAGAAGAUAUUUCAAUUUGAUAGUGGGGGAAAUAGAUUGAGUUGACAUCAUUUUUUUCUUUCAAGUCGCAUGUACCUGUACGAUUAAGGCACGUAACAUAGGUGUGUUAUCGAAAAAUUGCCGCUUUGUCAUUCUCAGAGCACCUGCAAGAUCUUUUGAAAAAAAAGAUUUGCGCUCUUCUCUUCCGGUCCAUGAGGGCCUGGGCUAUAUCCCGAUGGUGUGGCUCACUGGUCUAGUGAUUUUUAACGUCUUUUAAUAUCUCGUAUUUUUACAACUCAUUCUACAUUCUUCUUCAAAUUUAAUUAUUUCAAUGCUAUGCUAUUUUCACUAAGGAACGAGGCACGAAUCUUCAAUAUUGUGGUCGCAACGUAUGUCGAUCAUUCUUCUCCCUCCGUCUGGUGGGGAAAAUGGCUUAUGGGCUUUGGUUUUCCCUUCGGUGGAGUUUUUUUUUGGUUUGCUUUAUACUUACGAGAUUUGAACUAUUUAUUUUUCACAGGAGAUGCAAGCAUAUUAUCGAAGACCAUAGUAUUGGUAGUGUGGUUUCAUUUAUCAACUUCUUUUUCGUGCUUCUGAUCUCCGCCCUUUGGCUCUCCGGGUGAUUUCAUAGUCAAUCAUAUUAUAUUGCUGCACAUUCCUCGAUUUUUUUUUUUGUGUUUGGUCACUUUGUCGUGUAUCUCAGGAAUUUUUCUUUUCAAUAUGUAUGCAUUUGCCAUAGUUGUUCCGUCUACUUUUUUCGCCCUCAUGCUCAGACUCAACCCGAGGUGGAUUCUCUGUGGUUAAGUAGUGUGGCCUGUCGCGAGUUCUCUUCAUGCCGGGCGUUUGAAGAAUGUGUGGACCGAACAAGUAGACGCUUCAGAUGGACUCUUGUAGUUGCCUACGUUAGUUUGACUUUGUGACGCAAAAGAAACGCCUUGUUCAGUUUGAAGAUGUGAAAAUGAGAACAUGAAGAUGUAGAUGAUGAAGCUGUGUAAACCUAAACAUGAAAGUACUUUUUACACACGACGCCCCUACGUCGUCUUGUUGUUAGUACCUGUGUAGAUGUGCUGCCUACUUAGCUAUUUUCCCGUCCUAUAAGAAGAACUUCCUCUCGCACACUAUUUGUCUCAUCCGGAGGGAAAAUGGAAAUUCUUCCGACUAGUUUUAUUUUUUCUUUCUGUUUAAAACAAACGAUUACUGCAGCCGUACGGGUUAUUUCACUUUAUUCCACCUUUUUCGCUUUUAUUAUCGACUUGGUGCAGAGAUUGGGUUUUUUCCGAUUCUGGUAGUUACGUCUGAC